AUGGCGAGAGAUGACUACGAAAGUAAAGACAAACACGAGAGCAGACGUCGAAGGGACAGCGAAAGCAGCCGGGCGACUAGCUCUCGUAAGAGAGGCAGUGACCGUAGCAGAGAUAAGAGGGAUAGUGUAUCCAGGCGAGAUGGUCGAGAAGUAAGUCGAGAGAGAGGGAAUGCAGAUGGAGAUAAGAAGAGACGGGGCGGGGACAGGGAUGAGGUUAAAGAUGAUCGAGAUGAUCGAGAUAAGGACAGGCGACAUAGGGAAAGAAGCAGGGGCAAUGAAAAGGAGGGGGAUGAUACAAGCAGGAGUAGGGACCAUACCAGAGGCAAAGAUAGAGAUAGAGAUAGAGAUACCAAUAGGGAGAAAUACAGGGAAAGCAGGUCGAAGCAUUCUAGCUCGCGUGUGAGAUCUAAGUCGAGGUCACGGUCACCUAUCAAGCGGAGUGAUGAUAGAAAAAGGUCAGUUAGUGGCGUAGAGAUGUCGGAAAGUGAGGCAGACGCGGGGCUCAACGGAGCACAAGUACAGUCGCGCAUACCUCUAUCUCUUGGAGAUCUGAUGAAAAAGAAAGAGGAGAAAGAGCAGCUAGCGAAGCCAGUGUUUCUCACCAAAGCGCAACGGGCCGAGAUUGCCCUCAAGAAACGGCAAGAGGAAGUGAAGGCACAGCGGGAGAAACAGGAAGAGCUCAAGCAAGCACACGUGGAUCUGUUAUCCAAGGCACGCGAGGAAUACUCGGAAGUCACGGGUAGACGGGGGGGGGGGACGACCGGUACGACAGGGACAGAUAUCGCUCGAGGGAUUACGGAAGGGAUCGAGAUAGAGAUACAGACAGAGGUAGGGAUAGAUACAGAGACAGGGAUAGGGAUGGGGAUGGGCGAUCGCACAGAAAAGAUAAGACUGACGGUGCUGGUACCAAAGGAACUCGAGGCUGAACAGAGGGCGAUCAAGGAGAGGUACAUAGGCGCGACCAAGCAGAAGCGCAGAGUCAGACGGAUGAAUGAGAAGAAGUUUACUUUCGACUGGGAUGACGCAGAUGAUACAGGCGCAGACCACAACUCACUGUACAGCGAUAGACACCAUGUCCAUGCCAUGUUUGGUCGGGGACACAUGGGUGGUAUUGAUGUAAGACAACAGCGCAAGGAAGCAGACGCCUUCUACUCAGACUUUCUGGGAAAGCGCCGCACGGACGACGAGAACUCGCGGGAAGUAGAGCGUGUGAAGGCUGCCGAGAACAAGGCGGCGAAGAUGAAGCACGACGAACGCCAUUGGUCACAGAAACCGUUGGCUCAAAUGGCCGAGAGAGACUGGCGUAUCUUCCGGGAGGAUUUCAACAUUUCUACACGUGGUGGUAAUAUCCCACAUCCAUGGCGGUCGUGGGAAGAAAGCCCUUUACCUGAUAACGUGAAGGAGGUUAUCGCUCAGAUUGGUUAUAAGGAACCUUCGCCGAUUCAACGCCAAGCUCUCCCCGUCGGACUUCAGAAUCGCGAUAUAGUUGGAAUCGCUGAAACCGGUUCUGGUAAGACUGCAGCAUUUUUGAUACCUAUGUUAACUUGGAUUACUAGUCUACCGCCGCGAGUGCAAAAUCCGAAUGACGCCUUCGAGUGUGCCCCGUAUGCUGUUAUUCUCGCGCCCACCCGAGAACUGGCGCAGCAGAUUGAGGAAGAGUGUGAGAAAUUCGCGAAGCCAUUAGGUAUCACUGCUGUAGCUAUCAUCGGAGGUGCGGAUAUGCAAAACCAGGGUAGCAUGCUCAAGGUUGGGGUUGACAUUGUCGUGGCCACCCCAGGUCGAUUGAAGGAUAUGCUGGAGAAUCGUUACCUGGUGUUGACCAAAUGUACUUAUGUAGUUAUGGACGAAGCAGACAGGAUGAUUGAUAUGGGUUUUGAAGCGGAGGUCCAAGCCAUUCUGGACUAUAUGCCGGUGACCAAUACGAAACCUGAAGACGAUGAAAAGUCAGACGGAUUGGAGGCGGAUUUCAAGAUGGGUACAGAAACCAAGUUCCGUCAGACGAUCAUGUUUUCCGCCACAAUGCCGCCGUCGGUCGAGCGGUUGUCGCGGAAGUAUUUACGUAAACCGGCGCACGUCAUUAUUGGAACGGCCGGCAAGGCUGUGGACCGGGUCGAGCAACGAGUAGAGAUGAUGAGUGACUCUAAAAAGCGAAAACGUAUCGCAGAAAUACUGCAGAGCGGAGACAUACCUACGCCCAUCAUUGUGUUUGUCAACCAAAAGAAAGGUUGCGAUAUGCUCGCGAAAGGGCUGGAUAAGAUGGGCUAUCGGUCGGUCACGCUACACGGUGGUAAGAACCAGGAGCAGCGUCAAUCGGCGUUGCAAGACUUUAAGGAUGGGCAUGCGGAUAUCUUGGUUGCUACAGAUGUCGCCGGUAGAGGAUUGGAUGUCAAGGACGUAGGUGGGGUGAUCAACUACGAUAUGGCGAAGAAUAUACAAGAUUAUACGCAUCGUAUCGGACGUACCGGUCGUGCAGGCAAGACGGGUAUCGCUAUCACAUUCUUGACCCCUGAGGACGGCAACACCUACUACGAUCUGAAGCAAAUGCUGAUCGCCUCAUCAGUGAGUACGUGUCCAUCGGCACUGUCCGCACAUGCCGAGGCUCAGCAUAAACCCGGAACUGUUCUGAAUAAACGCAAGAAGGAGGAAACUCUUCUAGUCAAGUAAAAUAGCACUUCUCCCGGCAGCACCGCGUCGGAAGCGUCCACAUUUCCAUAGUCUUCUAUUUGCCCAACUAGGAGGCUGUGUAAAAUAAACUAAAU